AUUUAUUUUCCUUUAAAUUCAAUCCUCAGAUCACUGCAGUGUCACCCAUAUCAAAACACUUUCCUGAAAAUUUUCGGUUUUUUUUUUUUUUUGAGAACUUCCUCUGUUUAGAAUUUGCAGUUUUAAGGCUUUGUUGUGAGCGUGAGUGAACUGCACAAAAAGCUUUCAUAGAUUCUUCAUUCAUCAGCAAACAAACAACUUCAAUGGCAACCGAAGAGGUUAAUAAGCCUCCAUCACUUCCUCCUUAUCCUGAGAUGAUAAUGGAGGCAUUGGACGGACUCAAUGAACCAAAUGGAUCCAACAAAUCAGCCAUAUCGAGGUACAUAGAGUCCACUUAUGGAGAAUUACCAGAGGGACACACAACACUCCUCAAUCACCACCUCAACAAGAUGAAAGACAGUGGGGAGCUUGUGUUCUUGAAGAACAACUACAUGAAACCUGAUGGUAGUCCGCCACCAAAAAGAGGCCGUGGAAGGCCGCCGAAGGCAAAGGAGCCACUUCCUCCGGGAACUGUUUUGUCAUCCCCAAGGCCAAGGGGAAGGCCACCAAAGGAUCCAAAUGCACCACCAAAGUCACCGAAAGCAAAGCCUUCAGGUGGAAGUGGUAGGCCUAGAGGAAGGCCUAAGAAGAUUCCCCGGACAGCGGCGCCGCCUCCACCGUCGCCGUUGAGUGCUCCUUCUACCCCUAGGGGUAGGGGUAGGCCUCCAAAGGUGAAGCCUCAACUGACAGAAGUGAGUGUUGAGAUAUAGAGAGAAUAUAAGUUCUUUUGGGUGGUCAAGAAAGAAGAAAAAAUCAUGCUUUGAUAGAUUGGUCUUUGUAGUAGUGGGCGGGGGUGUGUGUGAUGUCUAGAAUCUUGUGUUCUUUGUUACUGCCUUGUAAAAUUGUGUAGUGGUAGUUAGAUUAUGAUGAUGAGGCUUUGUUUUUCUUUUUUAUUUUCUCUUAUCCUAAUUAUCAAAAGAAGAGGGACAGUGACUUGAGCUGAUUAUGAUGAUGAUUUGGUUUUUCUCA